GAAAAAAAAAAAAAAAACAGAUGUAGAGCUUAGAGACCAGGCUCACCUGUAGACAUUAUGAGGUUCAUGAAGACAUCCCCUGACAGAUCCAGACCUGCUAAUAGCCCCUCCCUACUAAGUUUGGCAGGUCAUUCUGCCCCAGACAGAACAAGGAAUUCACAGGAGUUGAAUUUAUAUUGUUUUAUGUCAAUUCAUGCAGUUAAAGGCGUCUGAAAUUCAGAUUUCGGAAUAGUAAUUUCAAAGUGCUUCCCUUACUACCCUGAGGCAUACUUGGUUUUGUAUUCUUGGGUAUCUGGUAUGUGGCAAAGAAAAGCUAGAUGUUACCUCUUCCAGGCCGUGAGGGUCUUACAUUGCUUUUAUUUUGAGAAUGGAGCUCUCUAAACUCUAAGUAUCUGAUUUCUUCAUGAGCAAAUGGAUGCUAUUGGCAGAGUCUGAUGACUUCAGGCUAUGUAGGAAACAUAUUGCUCCCCUCCCACCCACACACACAACUGGGCCAAGAGUCAAUGCGAGCAAAACCAUCCCAAGCCAAGAAGGCACCCCAACCAAAAUGGUGCCCAAGCCUUCCCUUUCUCAAUCGGUGACCAAUCUGUAGAGGCAGAAGCACAUCUGGCUUUGAGUUCGAGACAUGAUCUGAAUGGCUUGUGGUGUAAAGUGACUGCAGUGAAUGGAUAAUGUAGAUAGGUUUACUUAAACAUCUUGCCGUGUAAUAUUUACCUGUCAUUCAGAGGUUGUUAAACCCAGGUAAGGACUCCAUGAAAAUCUGACCUAAAAAUACCGCUUAACAUCCAAAGGAAAAAAAAAAGAAUUCUAGAACUAUUUCAGCUUCCUGAGUUCUUAGGGGUUGGGAGAGAUGGUUCAGGAAAAUUUUUCUUUUCUUAAAAUAUUUUAAUAUUUUUGUUUGUUUCUGGAAAACAGUAUAUCUUUAAACAUACCUGCAUUUCUAAUGUAUGACCCAUCAUUAUACAUAUGGAGCAUUUUAUUUGACUAAUAAGAAAAAAUAAACCCCAGUGAAGAUUGAGAAAUAGCCCUGAUUUGGUGGGAAACACCCUGGAUUUGGCAUCACAAAGCCCGGAUUUGAGCAUCUCCCUGCCAUUUAUAUUCUUAGUGACCUAGGACAAGUCAUUUAAUCUCCUGAGUCUCAGUCUCCUCAUUUUGAAAUGGAGACAGCUGUGCCCAUCACAUAGUUGAGAUAAUCCUACAGUUUCAUGGGAGACUUUGUCUUAUAAUAGUUGCUGAACAAAACUUGGGUAUAACUGAUAAUGCACUUAGAACCCACCCAGAAGUCAGGGUUAUCUAAAAGUCCCUGGGCACUAAUUCAAAAAGAUACAUGCAGCUCAGUAUUCAUGGCAGCAUUAUUUACAAUAGCAAAGAUAUGGAAGCAACCUGAGCGUCCAUCAACAGAUGGAUGGAUAAAGAAGAUGUGGUAUAUAUACAUUGGAAUACUAUUCAGCCAUAAAAAAGAUGAAAUGUGGCCAUUUGUAGCAACAUGGAAGGACUCAGAGGGCAUUAUGCUUGGUGCAAUAAAUGAGACAAAGAUGAAUACUGUAUGAUACAUAUCACUUGUAUAUGGAAGCCAAACAAUAGAAUAGACUUGUGAAUAUAACAAAAUAAAAAUAUGCAGACUCACAGAUGUAGAGAACAAAUUAGUGGUUACCAAUGGCGGGCAUCGUUGGGGGGCGACAACAAUAUAGGGGCAGGGGAGUGGGAGGUACAAACUAUGAGGUAUAAGAUAGGCUACAAGGAUGUAUUGUGCAACAUGGGGAAUGUAGCCAAUGUUUUGUAAUAAUUGUCAAUGGGAGUAACCUUUAAAAUUGUAUACAAAAUUUAAAACUUUUUGAAAUAAAAUAAAAAUCCUUGGGGAACUUUGCAGAUUUCCCCCCAUUCCCACACAUACAAAGGCUCUACAGAAUCAGGGACAUAGUAGAUACUUUGUUACAACCAAAGCAAUGGUUCUUUUUUUAAAAAAAAUAAUGGUUCUUAUCCUGGUUAUAAAACUAAUAUUGGCAACUCCUUAUCAACACUUGCUUGAUGCCAAGCAUCUGUUCUAAGUGGUCUAUUAUUACUUUAACUCAUUUAAUCCUCACAAUAAUCCCGAGGGAGCCAAAGUACAUAUCCCCAUUUUUCAAAUGAGAUAACUGAGGUUUAAAGAGUCCGUGUCCAGACUACAUGUUCUUGGCCAGCCUGCGGCAUUGCUUCUCUAAUGUAAAAGUAAAGACAUUCCCGCAGGCUCCAACAAAUUUAGAAAAGAAAGAUGUGGUGGUAGAGGGAAAACAUCACAGAAAGCAACACAUUUGUUCUUUCUGGAUUGGCACCCUUCCCCACCACCCAUCAGCUGGGGAUCUUCUUUAUUUCAGCUUUGCAUUAGCCAUUCUAAACAAUUUUGAAUUUGAUGAAUAACUUGGUUAUCUGUUCCUAUUGCUAAAUGUGUAUGGUAUUUGUGCUUGGCACCGACUUCUUCAUUAAUCCAAAUACUGCAGCCUUCUGCUGGUUGGGAGAGAGACGCAGCCUCACUGUCAGUUCAAACAGUUGCCAUUUGGUGGAUAAAUGGUUUCAAGCUGGUUCUUCUCCCAAGAACUUACUGGACUGGGGAGAGGUAGACACUGGGUGGGCUGUUCUCCACUCUAGGAACAUGGCACGGCUUGGUAUAGGUACCCGAAAGAAAGUUGCUUUCAAACAAGAGGUUACUAGAUGCUUUCAAGGUGUGCUUUCAGGUAUACAGAAGUAUUGCUGGGCGUUAUUGCUGAAGAAUCUCAUGUUGAUGCUAAAACAUAAAAAUGUCACUUUCCAAAUAACAUUUCCUCCUUGUUCAGCAACAUCGCACUUGGAGGGACCCAGAAAUGUUCCAGAUGAGGCCCCAGAAUGCUCCUUAGAGUCACGUAUGGGCAAGGUCAGUGAGGUACAGAGCCAACGUCAGGUCUCUGGAUCCCUAGAAACCCCGGACUGUGGAGCUGGGAGACGCUGGGGGGCAACCAGGCCCCCGUUCUGCAGAUUGGGAAGCUCAGGGUCCAGAGAUAGGACAGGACAGGGGCCGCACAGAGGUAGAGCUGCCCCAAAUCCCAAGUCUCUCUCUUUCCCCAUAUCCACUGCGAUAUCUAAGAAGUUUUGAUCUCAACACUGACAGUGAAGCAAUUCACAAAUGCUAUCACCUUUGUACUGGGCUUUGUAGGCAGAAGAAUUUGCAAUUGUGGACCAGAUAGGAGGUGUGCCCUAGAGUUGCAGACAAGAGCUCAAGAGGACAGUGGAGGGAGGAGGACUUUCCUAAAUGCAACUCCAGCUACAUUCUAGUUUAUAAUCCCAGUUAGGGAGAAAGGGGAAAUGUAUGAAAAGGAAAAAUGAGGUUGCUCCAGGAAUCUGCUGAGACUCUCAGAGGUCAAGAAAGAGAGGUGAGAAGAGACGGAAGGAGGGGCUUACAUUAGGGAAAUGUGACCCAGAAGCUGUUAGCAGGUCAUCAGGAGGGCUCCAGCCCAGCCAGGCUGAGGUUGGAGGACCUCAAAAUGGGCCUUUCCUUCUGUUCAGAACAAGAGGUUGAGGACAGUGACAGAGGAGGGUCAAUAGAGGCAGAGAGAAGACCAGACAUCUCUGUGGUCUGGCAAGGAGUUGGUGAGCUCAUCAGAGAUGGCAUGGUAGCUGGGAGUCACCCAGACCUGACCAAACGCCACUCUGCCACCAAACCAGCUGGGUAACCUCAGACACGUUCCUUACCUUCUGUGUGAUGGACACAUUGAGGUAAACCAGCCUUGUCUGACUUCUGGAUGAGAGGGCACACAAUGAGUGUUUUUAAAUGGGAACUGAAGUCCAGCAAAAGGAGAGGACAUAGCUUUUUAAAGGCAUUCGGCAUUCCUGCACAGACUAUUUUAUUUUACUUAUUUUUUUAAGUGAAGCAUAGUUGCUGUACAGUACUAUACAAGUUACAGGUGUGCAAUAGAAUGAUUCACAAUUUCCACAGCUUAUACUCCAUUUACAGUUAUAAAAUAUUGGAGGUCGCAUCGUGGCUCCGUGGUUAACGAACCCGACUAGGAUCCAUGAGGACGUGGGUUCGAUCCCUGGCCUCACUCAGUGGGUUACAGACCUGGCGUUGCUGUGGCUAUAGCGCAGGCUGGCAGCUAUAGCUCCGAUUCGACCCCUAGCCUGGAACCUCCAUGUGCCGUGGGUGCAGCCCUAAAAAAACAAAAACCAAAGACAAAAAAAAAUAUAUAUAUAUAUUGGCUAUCUUCCCCGUGUUGUACAAUAGAUCUCUGAGGCUUAUUUUAUACCUAAUAGUUUGUACCUGUUAAUCCCUACCCCUAUCUUGCCCUCCCCUCUUCUUUCUCCCCACUAGUAACUACUCUAUAUCUUUGUCGUCUAUAUCUGAGAAGCUGCUGCUUUUUUCACAGGGACUGUUUUAUAUUUAAGUCCACCUGUAUGUAUAACAGCACUGCAGGUGUAUGGUACCAUGCAAGAUUCCCAUAAGUCCACCUGGAUGUACAUGGGUUCAUCCCCUUUGGCUAGGGAACUCUGCUCUUCUAGGACUGCUUGGCUCUGCCAUGAUGGAGGAGUUCAUAGGGCCAUUUCAUGGAGAGACAGAAUAAAAUAGGAAAUACCUGCUGGAGAGAGAGCCGUAGAGAAGUUGCUAAUAGUUUUUGGUAACUAGAUAGGUUGAUUGACUGAUUUUUAUGUGUGCUUAUAAUUGAUUUUUAUGUGUGCAUAUGGAAAUAUCUAGAAAGAUCCAUGUGAAAUUUUUAAUAGUUAUGGCCUCCAGGGACAGUGACCAGAUUUCAUUUAACAGGAAAUUGAUUUUUUUAACAUGUAUAUCUAUUACUGUUGCAGUUCUUGAAAUAAAAUUGAUGUUAGAUUGAAGGAAUGGAAAGUCCAAAAAUUUGUUCUCCUAGCAUUUACUUAAAAAAAAAAAAAAAAAAUCCCUUUUAUAUCUUCCCAGUGCUAAUGAAUAUGCCCAGGCCUACCAGCAGGGGUGUGCUUCUGGAAAGUUCUGAGUGGACACUCCAUACAGAUGUCCUGUGCCAAGCUGGUCCUCCAGGCCCUGAAAGUCCCCAGACUCUGUUCCUGAAAGCGGACCCCCGAGCAGGAAUGCUAUCCCACGGGGAAGUCUCACAUGGAUUGUCCAUGAGGUGGAAUUUUGACAUGUGGUGCUCUAGACAGUAUGAGGCUGAUGGUGGUAUAGACAGCACCCGGUCUGGUGUUCAUGAUGUCUUGCUUUGCAGUCAAUGGUCCAGUUUGUUACCGAAGCUACUGACAGAGACCCUCCAAUUCCAAAAGACCUGAGGACUUCGUGAAGUCCUGAGCUGAUUUGCAGCAAAGGGGGUAGGGGAUCAACCUGGGGCUCCUGAGACACCGCGCAAAUGCCCUUCUCAGGGUCCUCAGCGCUGUGCUAGGAUUAUUUGUGUCCACACCUUACUGCCCCUUGGGGCUGCCCAAGGGGGAAGACUGUCUGCUGCUCAUCUGAGAACCCCGAAAACCCCACUCAGAGCCAAGUACUCACAGAAGGCUUGAUGAAUGGGCAAAACGGAAAGACAAUAAAUACAUUAAAAGCAUCUGCCUUGUGUACGGGGAAAAUGUUACUCAUCUGAUCACACACAUUAGAAGACAUGUCCAAGAGCAAAUAAAACCUGCUAAUGUGUUUUAAAUCUGUCCAGAGAAUUCAAAGAGAAAGUGAGCUAUUUCUCCAGUUUCUAAGGGAGCUGUUAGAAUGUCAGGGAAAUGGAUGUUUCAAAAAGCCAUUAAAAUAUUGGAAUAAAAUCUGUAUGUUUUAAUUCCUAAGAAUAAGUGUCCCUUGCGGUGAGGGAGGGAACACUCAAGCAAAGGAAAUAGUGUGCACGCAGAGAGAAAGGCAGCCUGCAGCAAGAGCUAAGAAAACGAGGUAGACCAAAGCGAGAACCCCCAGGAAGACCUUCCAAAGUCAACAGUAAAGAGGUUCCUUGAAGCCAGGGUGAGGAUAGUGAGACCCAAAACUGCUUUGGAAGAAGAGAAGUAGGGAGAUUCCUAAACUGUCAUGGAGACAAACAGGUCAAGCCUGUGACCCCCUAUCCCGGGACCAUCUGGAGGGAAGGGAGCAGUGGCAGCUAAAGAUGGCAGUCGUGGAGUUCCACGUGUGGCUCAGCAGUAUCGAACCCAAUUAGUAUCCAUGAGGACAAGGGUUCAGUCCCUGGCCUUGCUCACUGGGUUAAGGAUCCAGGGUUGCUGUGGCUGGGGUGUAGGCUGGCAGCUGCAGCUCCGAUUUGACCCCUAGCCUGGGAACUUCCAUAUACCGCAGGUUCGCCUCCCCCCCCCCAAAAAAAAAGAUGGCCAUCACAUCCAGGUGUCAAAAUAGGCACCUCUCCUUCCAGAUCCCAGCCUGUGGCCAAGCUCAUAGGCUGGGUCCCCUGCCCACCAAGGAAGCCCACCCAUCCAGGAAGGGUCACUUUUAAUAGCCACUCUGUGGAAUAGAUACAAAAAGGUAAUAUCGAUGAGCAUUUUUUAAAGUCCCAAUUAACUGGACCAAACACACUUUCUGAAAAGAGACCAUGAAACUGGACCAGUCUAUUAGCAUUCCUCAAGGAGGUAGAAACAGGCCUGCUGAAACCCAGGGAUGAAUUAUGUUUAGACUUUCAAAAUUCCUUCUGACAAAGUUCCACCCCAAGGUCAUUUCCAAUAGUAAGUUCCUCCACAAUGGGGGGUGAGAAUUGCCAUAGAUCAGAAUUGUCCUUAGCGACAGGAAACCGAAAAUAGGAUAAACAGGUACUUUUCUGGAUGAAGAACAUGAACAGUGGGAAUCCCCAAGGAUCGCUCGUACUCCUAGACUUUGUUUAAAUGUCCGUAGAUCGUCUGGAAGGAGAGAGUGGUUCCAGGCCUGCAGAUGAAAUGAAGGCUUUGCAGAGAGAUGGCAAACAAAUGGUGAUUAACGGCUGGACCAGCUUGAGUGAGCAAGAAGAUGCAUGUUAAGCUUUUGCAGGGGGAGAGGCUAGUGGUAACAGGCCGAGCUGGAUGGAUGGGUAUGGGGAGAGGGGCAGGACGUUCAGCCCUGGGAUUCUGGCCGACCCUCGCCUUCCUUCUCUGCAGCUUCCCCGCAGCCACUUCCCCGUGCAAGAUCCUCAAGUGCAACUCUGAGUUCUGGAGCGCCACAGCGGGCAGCCACGCACCAGCCCCGGACGACACCCCCGAGUUCUGUGCCGCGCUGCGCACAUACGCCCUGUGCACGCGGCGCACGGCCCGCACCUGCAGGGGCGACCUGGCCUACCACUCGGCCGUCCAUGGCAUCGAGGACCUCAUGAGCCAGCACAACUGCUCCAAGGAUGGCCCCACGUCGCAGCCUCACCUGCGCACACUGCCGCCUCCAGGGGACAGCCAGGAGCGCUCGGACAGCCCUGAGAUCUGCCACUAUGAGAAGAGUUUCCACAAUCGCGCAGCCGCCCCCAACUACACACACUGCGGCCUCUUCGGGGACCCACACCUCCGGACUUUCACAGACCGCUUCCAGACCUGCAAGGUGCAGGGCGCCUGGCCCCUCAUCGACAAUAAUUACCUGAACGUGCAGGUCACCAACACGCCGGUGCUGCCUGGCUCGGCUGCCACCGCCACCAGCAAGCUCACCAUCAUCUUCAAGAACUUCCAGGAGUGUGUGGACCAGAAGGUGUACCAGGCCGAGAUGGACGAGCUCCCGGCCGCCUUCGCCGACGGCUCCAAGAAUGGCGGGGACAAGCACGGGGCCAACAGCCUGAAGAUCACGGAGAAGGUGUCGGGCCAGCAUGUGGAGAUCCAGGCCAAGUACAUCGGCACCACCAUCGUGGUCCGCCAGGUGGGCCGCUACCUGACGUUCGCCGUCCGCAUGCCCGAGGAGGUGGUCAACGCCGUGGAAGACCGGGACAGCCAGGGGCUCUACCUCUGCCUGCGGGGCUGCCCCCUCAACCAGCAGAUCGACUUCCAGGCCUUCCGAGGCAGCGCCGAGGGCCCAGGUACCCGCAGGCCGGCCGCCGCCAGCCCCGCACCCUCGGCCCCCGACACAUUCCCGUAUGAGACGGCCGUAGCCAAGUGUAAGGAGAAGCUGCCUGUGGAGGACCUCUACUACCAGGCCUGCGUCUUCGACCUGCUCACCACGGGAGAUGUGAACUUCACACUGGCCGCCUACUAUGCCCUGGAGGACGUCAAGAUGCUCCACUCCAACAAGGACAAGCUGCACCUCUACGAGAGGACUCGGGAGCCACCGGGCCGGGCAGCUGCUGCAGGCCUGCCCCUGGCCCCCCGGCCCCUCCUCGGCAGCCUCCUGCUCCUGCCCCUGCUCCUUGUGCUCCUGGAGGCCGCUUAGGAUGGAGAGCCAGGUGUCCGGAGCUGCUUGGCGCGGCUGCACAAGGGCCGGUGGCCGCCGGUGGCCCUGAGGGCUCAGCAGGGCUCAGGAGCCCCUGCAGGCAGCCGCAUGGGACCGUUACCUCUUCCGAGCUGCCUUGGGCCGCCUGCUGGCAAGGGCUGGGGGCAUGGGGCGUGGCGUCCCCUCCCCUCCCCUGGGGCCCGUGACAAGGUUGUGGUGACUGGUGCUGUGAUGUUUGUGACAUAGAGCUGUGCAGAGGGAGAGCCGCCCUCUCCGCCCGCCCGCCCUGCCGUGUGAAUGUGCACAUCAGAGCCCCUCAGGCCCAAGCCCCCACCCCGCAGAGACACUGGGCGUGGGCAGAGUCGAGCUGCUCCCACCCCCUGCAAUGCACUGAAACAGGCCCGGCUGACUGCUGCACACGCAUCCCGGGGCCACCCAGACCCGCCACACGCACACACACUUGUACACACUCACACACGAAGCCAGGAGCCAAGGCAGCCUCGAGGCUGCCCCCCCCCCAACCCGAGCAGGGCAUCCUUUCCCCCAUGGGCUGUAUAGGACACCUCCAAGGCGCUGCAUGGCCCCUUUAGGAAAUUGAUGUUACCCUUUGGCCAAAAGAUGGUGCCCUUCCUGCCCAUGUGAGCCAAGGAGAGACCACCGUGUGUGCCCCCCCACUGCUGUGGGCACAGGUUCAGGCCCCAGUUACCAGGCCCCACCGGUGGGGGCAGGGUGAUGUAUGUUGGCACGUGCUCUGAGCGGUACUCUGCUCCGGCCCCUUCCCCCACUGCCCAUCCUCCUGGCCCCCAGUCCCUAUUCUUAGGAAGUCAAGUCUUUGUUUCUAAAUGUCUAGACAGAGAACUACCCCCUUGAUUUCUGUUCUGUUCUCCCCAGCAGGUGGCAAGAGCCGGUAGGCAGGGGAGCUGGGGCAGGGUGUGGGCUGGAGACCCAGUGGAUAGGGCCAGCUGGCCUGCCCUGAUCCUCUGCUUUCUCCUCUUGACCUCCACCCCCACCCCCUGGAACCCUGCUCCCCACCCUGUCCACCCAGGUCUGCAUUUGGGGGAGAGGAGCAGGGCAUGGAAGUUGUCUCAGCCCUUAGCAUCUCCAGCGAGGUCUCCUCGGUCUUGGCCUCUCUCUUAAGCCCCAUGGCCACACAGCCAGGAGACUUUCAACCAGGCUGCCUGGGCCAUCCGAGGAGCCCUGAACCAGUCCCACCUCUGCUGCUGUUUCAGAGAACCCAGGGACCAGCCCCGGGCUGGGUUCCGCUCCCAAAGGUGCGGCCAGACCCCCGAGGGCUCUCUUCCUGGAAGCCGCAGCCCCGCACUGUCCCUGCCCACCCGCCACGUUCCGGCAGCCCCUCUGCUGUUCCCCAGGGACCUCUCAUACACUGGCCCAGGAGGCUGCGGACUGGUCCCCGCCUCCCCCUCCAAGAGGUCCCCUCUCUCUGCCAAGCCAUGGGUGGGCGGGUGGGUGGGCAGGAGGCGUGGCUCCCUCCCUGCUGGUUUUUAGAUGGUCCCUAUGUUGGAAGUAAAAAGUGAAGCACUUUAUUUUGGUUGUGUUUGAUCGAGUUCUGCUUGGAAGUGGGGACCCCUCACUGUGUCCCGUGUCUGCGACCUGUGUGGAGUGUCACCGCGUGUACAUACUGUAAAUUAUUUAUUAAUGGCUAAAUGCAAGUAAAGUUUGGGGUUUUUCUGUUUGGUUA